CUGUCACUGCACUGUGUGCUGAGGCUGCAGCCUGCAUACUUUGGUAUUUCAACUUGACUUGUACGCAACUGUUUUGGUAUUUUUAUUUUUUUAUUUCUAAACCCUGGAUAUAAAUGACUGAUUGCCAAAUGGUUUCGUCAGAUUUCACAGCGGAUGAGAAGAUGGAGAUCGAGAACAUCAAGACGUAUAAGAAGGACCUUCUGGAUGACAUCCAGAAGUUAAAGAUGGAGAUUGACAAUGUGAUGGCAGAAAUACUCAGCUUUGAGUCUGCAGAGGAAAACAAGACCGUAGAGAAGAGCAAACAGUUCUCAAAUGGGAAGAAGAAAUUCAACAUGGACCCCAAAAAGGGCAUCACGUACUUGGUGGAGAACAAGCUGCUGGAUGGAAGCGCUCAAACCAUCGCUGAGUUUCUCUACAAGGAGGAAGGACUCAACAAGACGGCCAUCGGAGAGUUCCUCGGGGAAAGGGAGGAGCUCCACCUGCAGACCCUGAAGGCCUUCGUGGAGCUGCACGAGUUCUCCGACCUCAACCUGGUCCAGGCUCUCAGACAGUUUCUGUGGAGUUUCCGUCUGCCUGGUGAAGCUCAGAAGAUCGACCGCAUGAUGGAGGCCUUCGCCACGCGCUACUGCGACUGCAACACUCAUGUCUUCCAGUCCACUGACACGUGCUACAUCCUGUCUUUUGCCAUCAUCAUGUUGAACACCAGCCUCCACAACCCCAACGUGAAGGACAAAACCACCCUGGAGCGUUUCUUCUCCAUGAACAGAGGCAUCAACAACGGGGAGGACCUGCCCGAAGAGCUGCUCUCGAAACUGUACGAAAGCAUACGCAACGAGCCUUUCAAAAUCCCAGAAGAUGACGGGAACGAUCUGACUCACACCUUCUUCAACCCGGACAGAGAAGGCUGGCUCCUCAAACUUGGAGGUCGAGUGAAGACGUGGAAGAGGCGAUGGUUCAUCCUGACUGACAACUGCCUCUACUACUUUGAGUUCACCACUGACAAAGAGCCCAGAGGCAUCAUCCCUCUAGAGAAUCUCUGCGUGAGAGAAGUGCCGUAUUCUCGCAAACCGUACUGUCUGGAGCUGUACAACCCCAACAGUCGAGGGCAGAAGAUCAAAGCAUGUAAAACAGAGACAGACGGCCGGGUGGUGGAGGGGAAGCACCAGUCGUACACCAUCUGUGCUGCCAGCGCCGAAGAGAGAGACUCCUGGAUCGAGGCCAUCAGAGCGAGCAUCACCAAGGAUCCGUUCUACGACCUGGUCUCAAUCCGCAAGAAGAAGGUGAUAAACCAAACUCCUCAAGACUGAGCGAGCGGCGCCUCGGCACCGUGGAGGCUCCACGCUGUACUGCACCGCUGUGGGAUUCUUCCGUCUGUUUUGAACAUCCUGCAACACAACCGAGCGAGGACACCGGAGGCCAGACAGAGACACGCCGCCGGGGGGUCGCUCGGGCUAAAAGAGGGACUUCUCUUUCCGACUUCUCUUUUCGCAGGCCGAGAAAAAAAAACAAAAAACGGUGUGAAAGGUGAAAAACUCACUGACUCAUUUGUGUCACCUCUAAGGAUCUGCAGGCAAAUAGCUGUAUUUUAAUCUUUGCUGGAGGAUGUUGUCGGCCCAAAUUUCUGUUUUUACAGAUGUUUUCUAGUCGUUGUGUAAUUUACCGCAGUUUCUUAUCUCAUCUGCCAUGCGAGGUUGGGUUUGGGGUUUUUUUUUUUUGCAGUGGCUGUCUGAGUUUCUCAGCUCAGGAAGAUAAAUCAAGCACGUCGUUCCAUGAAGCCUAAAAACGGCGAGACGUGCUCGUCUCAGCCCCACAACAGUUCUCAGGAGGCUGAAAGGUGGACGCUCAGUGGUAGUAACUGUAAACUGCUUUUGCUUCUGUUGUGUUACAAAAGCUUAGCUGGACUGGGUGUCAUCUGAGCUUAAGAAGUUGUACUAAUAGAAUUUGAUGUAAAUAUGUUUUUGGGGAUUUACUCAGUUGUUUUGAACUUUAUAGCGUGAUGUUUUAUUUUCCUCGACGUGCAGAAGAAGCCCACAUGUUUUCACGUCACAGUGCAAUAAGUGCAGCACACGUCUGCAUUAUUAUACAUUUACUGUUUAUACUGUAAUAUUUGAAGGGACUCUUUUUCGUUGUAACUACUUUAUGAACUAUACCACUGUAAGUACUGUUUUGUUCUGUUCUUAUUAUUAUUUAAUAAAAGAAAGUUAUUCGGAUGACUGUU